UACCAAAGGAAUCCAUAAAUGGCUGCAGUUAUAUGCUCUUACACAGCUACAAAUGUGGCUUUGCAUAAUAUCAGAGAUAGUCUAUGAUUUCAGUCAAAAUGUAUAAAGCAUUGGUAGAAAUCUAGAUUUGCACCAUAGACAAGAAGGCUGCAAUUAUCUAACCACUUAUCAGUGGGAAUUACAAACAGACAUAGGCUUGUGCUAUAAGCUGUCACAUGAAAGGAUUCAGUCAUGUAAGUGCCAAUAUAAUGACUAUAUUUGAAAUAGGGAAGCAGUGAGCACAAUGAGAGAGGUACAGUGGAACCUACAGAAUUCCUCCUUGGCUACAGAGCCACGGCGGUGCAGUGAUAAGAAUGCCAUAUUGCCAGCAGUUCAAUCCUGACGAGGCUCAAGGUUGACUCGGUUUUCCAUCCUUCCAAGCUCUGUCAAAUGAAUAUCUCAGUGAUUCAGCUGCUUCUGCUGCUGUUCCUGUUCCUUGGACCAUUUUGUUCACCUGCGCCACGACUCUCGAAAAAGGAGGAAUGCCUCUUAGAAAACAGCAAACUACAGAAGAAGUUGAAAAUGCUUCAAGAUUUAUACCAGUUAUAUGAAUUUCAGUUGAAAGAUCUGCUGGGGAACAACUAUCACAGAAGAAAAAGCAAAGUUUUCUCUGCCAGGAAGACAGCAUCUCUGAAUAUGUUUUUGCCCACAACUAGUGGAAGUCUCUUAGUCUAUGAUCAAGAUUGUGCAAUGCUGUUUAAUAGAGGAAGAAGAGAAAGCGGGUACUACAGAAUUAAACCACGACAGGACAGAGAACCUUUUCUUGUGUACUGUGAUAUGUCAGAUGGAGGAGGGUGGACGGUAAUUCAACGGCGGUGCAAUGGCAAAGAAAAUUUCUACCGAGAAUGGCUUGAUUACAAAGAAGGAUUUGGACAAUUACAGGGCAAGGAUGAUGAAUAUUGGCUUGGUAAUGAUAAGAUUUAUGAUCUUCUUUUUAAUGGAGAAGUUUCACUGAAAAUUGAUCUAAUGGACUGGCAUGGAGAGAGACGAUAUGCAAUUUAUGAUGAUUUCCAGAUCAGGAAUGAGACAAACAAUUACAUACUAUGGUUUGGCAUUUAUUCCGGGACUGCUGGGAAUGCUUUGUCUGGGGGGAGCAACUUUGAGAGCCAAUGGUCUGCAUCACUCAACGGCAUGCCCUUCUCUGCUCCCGAUCGGGACCAUGACAGGUUCCUAGCAGGCAACUGUGCAGAAGAGAACAAAUGCGGCUGGUGGUUUAACAGGUGCCAUGCAGCAAAUCUUAAUGGACUAUAUUACAAGAAGGGGACAUACUCCGGUCCCUUUGAUAAUGGAGUGGUUUGGUCAACGUGGCGAGGCCUGUGGUAUUCCCUGAAAUACACAGCUAUGAAAAUCAGGUUCCAGUCCUUUCUGGAUGGAGAGAGUGGGAAUGGUGAAAUCAACUGAGAUCUUUUCAGGCACAUUUGAGAAAGAGAAGCAGGCAUGCCAAAAUUAUUGUAUAGGUGGCCCUUGGCUUGAGACUUAGCACACUGAAAAAAUCUUACAGCAAGGAGCAUGCCACCGUGAGGAGGAAAAUUAGAUUUUGCUUUGGAUUACCAAUCGUUGCAUUAUUCCUGUAUCAUUGCACCAGCUAACAAUUUAAAAAAUGGCUUUUCGUACAAACAGAGCACGCCCCCAAAAACAGACUUGGGGGGGGGGGAAACCUUCUACUUUGUUGAGGGCACAAAGGGCAAUCCUGCUUAUUAUUUACCUUUCCUUUACAAAAAAUAUUCACUUGUUGAAUACAGCAUUGCGUAUUUUUAAAAUUUGUUUUGGGAAUUCAUUUUGUUCCCCGUCUUCCAAAAAUUAGCCACCUUUCAGGGAAAUGCAGAAAAUGCUAUGAGUCGCUGGGAAUAAAGGGUUUUAUGGCACAUAGACAGAGAAUGAGAUCAAUCUGUGUGAAUCCCAUCAAAGACCUUCUAAGGCAGUGGUUCUCAACCUGUGGGUUGCGACCCCAUUUGGGGUUGAAUGACCAUUUCACGGGGGUCGUCAAACAAUGCAGUCCACCAUUUUUUUCUCCUUUUCCUUAGCUGUGCUACUCCC